AUGGCACUUAUAGGUGUGCUGGGACUACACCUCUUCAGUCUGAAGUUUCUGACAGGAGGCCCUCUGGAGGGAGUGGCCCUUCUAGUUGUCCAGACAUCUAGGAUCAGCGAUGCACACGUAGCAGGCACGAUGAUUGGCAAAGCUGUGAAGCACAUGUUUGAGACUGAAGAUGGUUCUAAAGAUGAGUGGAGGGUAAUGGAGUUAGCAUGCACACUAAGAAUGUACACAUGGUUUUAUAUAACCUCUAAAAAAGAUUCCGUCUUGUACAUGUACCAGCCCUUAGAAGUCGACGUUCCCAUAAUGCCUGACUCUAAUGAUUUGCCUUCAGAAAAAAGGGAACCAGGCAAAGUUGUGGAAAGCCUGGUAAGCAAAAAGGUGAAAUAUGCUGAAGAAGAUGGCUCUAAAAAUGUUGGCAUGGUCACCCAUCAAGGAGAAGCCAAACUAUCUAGCUCCUUCAUCAAGUUUGAUGAUGAUUUCUAUAUCUAG